GAUACUAUAAAUAGGAACUCUAUAAACGUUGCCUUUCAUAGUUUGGUUUCUUCAUUAAUUGUUUUAACAACUGAAAUAUCAAUGAGUGUUCUUUUAGUGCUUUUGUUUCUCAGUCUAGCAACCGUUAAUAUUAAUGAAGGUUGCAUUGAGAGUGAGAGGCAAGCCCUUCUCAUGUUCAAACAUGAUGUCACAGAUGGUGCAAACCGAUUGAGCUCUUGGUCUCUUCAUCAUGGUCAUGGAGAUUGCUGUCAGUGGGAUGGGGUUGUUUGUGACAAUGUGACGGCCCAUGUGCUUGAGCUCCAUCUUGCAAAUCCUCGACCUCUUCUGGAUGAUUAUGGCAGUGAUGCUGAAAAUGAAGCCACGGAGAGGUCUAAGCUAAGAGGUAAGAUAAACCCUUCUUUGCUUAACUUAACGCAUUUGAGUUAUUUGAAUUUAAGCCAGAAUGGGUUUGGAGGUAUUCCCAUUCCCGACUUCAUAGGUUGUAUUGAGAGUUUGAGACACCUUGACCUCUCCAAAGCUGGAUUCGGAGGCUUGGUCCCUAAUCAACUUGGAAAUCUCUCAAGUUUGGAGUACCUUAAUCUUAGAGCAGAUAUUGAAGAUAAUCUCUAUGUUACCGAUCUCCAAUGGUUGUCUGGUCUUUCCUUGAUAGAACACCUUGAUUUGAGUGCUGUGGACCUUGCACAGGCUUCCAAUUGGUUGCAAGUACUGAACACACUUCCUUUCUUGAAAAAUUUAUAUUUGUCAGGUUGUCAGCUUCCACAAGUUCCUCCACCCACACAUCUUAAUCUAUCAUCUCUUGCAAUUCUUGACCUUUCUUUAAAUGAUAUUGAGAAUAGUUUGGGAGGAUCCAUAUUUCAUGGCCUUGUAAAUAUGACUUCCCUUAGACACCUUGAUCUUUCUAAUAACCUUUUUAAUUCGUCGAUACCUGAGUCGUUGUAUAGUCUUGAUUCUCUCCAGUUUCUCAAUCUUGGCUCUAACAAAUUCCGAGGUAAGCUUUCAAGUGCUAUAGGAAACAUGACUUCUGCCAUUGACCUUGACCUCUCAGAUAAUGAACUUGAAGGACCGAUUCCAAUAACAAUGGGAAAUCUUUGUAACCUAAAGUCAAUCGUUUUCUCAGAGCUUAACUUGAAUCAAGAUGUAUCAACCAUUUUAGCAGUUUUGUCUGGAUGUGUCUCUAAUCAAUUAGAUAAAUUGGAUUUAAGUGGGUGUCAUCUGUCUGGUCAGUUAACCAAUCAACUUAGGAACUUCAAAAGUUUGAAGGAACUACAUUUGUCUGGAAACUCUGUCUCUGGUCCCAUUCCAAUCUCCAUUGGAGAGCUUUCUUCCUUGAGAGUCUUAGAACUUGAUCAGAAUCAAUUGAAAGGGCAGCUUCCCAGUUCCAUUGGAAAACUUACAAAUUUGGAAAUCCUUGAUAUUUCUACUAAUUUGUUGGAGGGUGUUGUUUCGGAAAUUCACAUCGGCAAUCUUCCGAAAUUGAAAGUUUUUCAGGCUUCUAAGAACUCUUUUGUUUUAAGAGUCAGUCCUGAUUGGAUUCCUCCUUUCGAAAUUGAACUCCUAGGAUUGAGGUCUUGGAAUGUAGGUUCAAUGUUUCCUUUGUGGCUUCAUUCACAAAAACAUCUAAGGUAUCUAGAUAUCUCUGGCUCAAGGAUUUCUGAUAGCCUUCCUGGUUGGUUAUGGAAUUUCUCCUCCCCAUUCCAAUAUUUGAAUCUCUCACACAACCAAAUCCAUGGGCAGAUUCCUGGUAUACCUUGGGCUAUGUCGGUUGAUUCAGUGAUUGACCUUAGUUUUAAUCUUUUGAGUGGCCCUUUAGCUCAAAUUUCUCCCAAUGUGUUUUUUAUAGACAUGUCAAAUAAUAAUUUCUCAGGAUCUCUUUCACCUCUUUUAUGUUAUAAGUUGAAGGAGACCAUGGGAACAGUAAUUCUUAAUCUUGGUGGAAAUGUUCUAUCUGGGGGGAUUCCAGAUUGUUGGCUGAAUUGGCAGAAUUUACAGGUCAUAAAAUUAAGUAACAACAGACUUAAUGGAAGCAUUCCAAGCUCAAUGGGAACUCUACAGUCCAUUGUAUCAUUGCAUCUUCAGAAAAACCACCUGUCUGGAGAAAUUCCGUUGUCAUUGAACAACUGCACAGAUUUAAUCCUACUUGAUGCUGGUGAGAAUGAAUUGCAUGGGAGCAUCCCUCGAUGGAUAGGCGAUAGCCUUCGAAAGCUGGUAGUCUUGAGCCUUCGUUCGAACAAGUUUUCUGGGUACAUACCGGAUGAGCUCUGUACUAUUGGUUCUCUCCAAGUCUUGGACCUUGCCGAUAACAAUCUCAUUGGAAGUAUACCAAGAUGUGUAAGUAAGUUUCGAGCAAUGGCAAAGUUUAAUGGCUCGAUGGGAACUGCUAUAUCUUAUGUGAUUAGUGCAGGCACUUUUGUUGCAACACUUGUGAUGAAAGGUCAAAUGCUAGAGUAUGGCACAAACCUUAACUUGGUGAGAAGCAUAGAUUUGUCUAACAACAAAUUAUCAGGAGAGAUCCCCGUGGAAGUAACAAGCUUAUUCGAAUUGCAGACAUUGAAUUUGUCCCAUAAUCUUUUGUCUGGAACAAUUCCUGACAGAAUUCGUGAGUUGAGAUCACUGGAAUCUGUUGACUUCUCUGUAAACAAGUUGUCUGGUUCAAUACCUGAAAGCAUGUCGUAUCUGACAUUUUUGAGCCACUUGAACUUGUCUUUCAACAAUUUGUCCGGAGUAAUCCCUUCGAGCACUCAGUUACAAAGCUUCAAUUCAUCGUGUUACGAAGGCAAUCAACUCUGUGGAUUGCCAGUUCCUAAUAUGUGUCCUGAAAAUGGUACAAUUCACGGUGUUGGGCAUGGAGGUGGAAACGGCAAUGAAAAUGAAACAGACUGGUUCUGGUUCGGGUUAGUAGUCGGAUUUGUUAUCGGCUUUUGGAGUGUGUUUGGUCCAUUGGUGUUUGAUAAGCGAUGGAGGUCCAUUUAUACACUUUUCGGUUCUCAAACAAAUGUGGAAAAUCAUUAACUCUGGUCAUGGCAUGUCUUGACUUUCAAUGAAGACUGUUGAUGUCAGAAAUCUAAGGUAACCAUAGAAGUCAAGUAUUUGAUCUUUGCCAACUCAACAAACUGGUUGUAUAAUAUAUCACAUGAUCAAAAGGCUUUCUUCUUGUUCAAAACUAAUGUAUCUUUUAGGUCAAAUUAUGCUAUUAGACUCCAUAUUUUAAUUUGAUCAAUUUUAAUUCUUAUCCAA